AUGCUGCCACCAUGCGAGAAACAAAAGGUGGGUCCAUCAGCCGAAAACGAAACAAAAAAUGGUCGGGAAAAUGAAGAGUGGAUAAAGUCAGUUGGAGCUGAUCUGACGGGCUAUAUGCUGACAAGCAAGGUUCUGCGUCCUCAACAACGCCAUCUUCAAACACAUGAUCCGAAUCCAAAUCACUGGCGUCGGAAAAUCGAGGCAGCUCGGCAUCAUUCUCCGCGGCCUGGUAGUACGAAUCAUUGA